GUCUUCCUUCAAUUUCUCAUAAUCGUUACGUAGCAGUUGCUGCGAGUGGUUAGUAGUGUCGUUCAGCAGGCAAAAACACAACGCCAUGGAGCACCACAGCCAGUCUUGAUCAAACACGGAAAUGCGUUCCGUGGUUUGAAGAAACGGCAACUCUGAUCGCGUCCACCUGCGUCCGUGAGAUCGGCUGCCGAGCGGCCGAACCUGAGAACCAAAGUCGACGGCUGAGGAGCUUCCGUGCGACGAAUUACUCGAAGAUGGUGUUGUUGUGGCGACACAAAAGUGGACCUCCAAGUGGUCCAAGGACUUUAGGCCAACUUGUGCUGUGUCUCUCCCUGCUUAUUACGAUAACGCAGGGUCAAAAUGUAUCUUCAUCGGCAGUGCCGAGCUCCUCGGCAACCACGUCUUCGCCACCUCCAGCUGCUGGUCACUGCGUCUGGUACGGACAGUGCCACAAAUCGCUUGGCAAGAUCCAAAACUGCCCCUACACAGGCCCCGCCAAGCCCUUGGAGGACCAAGGAGCUGCAGCUGCCCUCAAGAAAUGGUGUCCGCACAUGUUCCCAGGAGACGGCGACACUCCAAUCAACACUUGCUGUGAUGUGAAGCAGAUCAAAAGUCUGGACUCUAAUCUACAGAUAGCUUCUACCUUCAUCAAGCGGUGCCCUUCUUGCCUUCAGAAUUUUGUCAGGCAUUUCUGUGACAUGACCUGUGCCUCUAAUCAGUCUGAUUUCCUGGUUGUCAAAAAUAAUGCUACUGAUAAUGGAAUAACGUACAUCACUGAAGUUGAUUUGCACAUCACAACCAACUACAUGGAGGGCACUUACAACUCCUGCAGACAGGUGUAUGUUCCUUCGGCAGGACAACUUGCCUUAGAUGUGAUGUGUGGCUCUUGGGGUGCGUCGCGAUGCUCAUAUAAGAAGUGGUUUGACUUUUUGGGAGAUGUCUCUGGACCUUAUGUUCCCUUCCAAAUCAAUUAUGUCCCCACUGAAGAGGCAGUCGAUGACAUCAAGCCUUUGGACCCUCUGGUUGUUCCUUGCAACCAGAAGAUCAAUGCUGAUUCUGUUGCCUGCAGCUGCGUCGACUGCGAACAAAGUUGUCCAGCACCACCGCCACCAACUCCUCCUGAAAUACCAUUCACCUUAUUGGGAUUGGGUGCCAUCACCUGGUGGGUCUUCCUGACCUUUGUCCUUGGCACAGCCAUUUUCUUGCUGUCUGUGUGUUGUCUUGGAAAAAGUUCUUCUGACUCUCCAGUGCCCAGAUCAAGGAGGGCAGAAGAGGUGUGUCAGGCGGUAGAACGAUUAACUUCGGCGCGAAUGGCAAUGGCUGCAGAUGAGGAGACAAGUCCUUUGCAGUCAACCAGAUCCAGCUUUGCAAACACAGAUACUCUGCCGAACAACGCAGUUAUCAGGAAUCCCUCAAUUAUGGAGCGUUUGGGCGCCAUGACUGACAGGCUUUUGGAAAAAGGAUUUGUCGCUUGGGGCAGAUAUUGUUCAAGGCACCCAUGGUUUGUUCUCCUGCUCGGGAUUACCAUGAUCGUUGGCCUGAGUUACGGAAUCAAGUUCAUCAAUGUAACAACUGACCCUGUCGAGCUGUGGGCUGCCCCUGAGAGCAGAUCCAGGAUCGAAAGGGAGUUCUUCGAUUCUCAUUUUGAGCCUUUCUAUAGAACUGAGCAGAUUAUUAUGAGACCGGUUGGUUUGAACAAGAUUGUACAUGAAACCGCCAAUGGACCUAUAACUUUUGGGCCUGUUUUCAACCAAGACUUUAUGCUCCUAGCUUUAGAUUUGCAAAACAAGAUUCUUGAACUUGGUGAAAGUACAGGCGAGGGAUUGGAGCACAUAUGCUUUGCUCCUCUGUCCACUGCCAACAAGCCAACAGAGCGAGAUCAGUGCCUUAUCCAGAACAUCUGGGGAAUUUGGCAAGAUGACUUUGACAAUUUCAACUCGACAAGUGAAGAUGAAGAGGGAGGCAAGGUUUACGAGGUCAACUAUUUGGACUAUUUGCUGAAAUGCACCCAAAAUCCAUACGAUCCAAAUUGCCUUGCCAAGUAUGGUGGUCCCAUUGAGCCUGCCAUUGCCCUUGGUGGUUUUGAAACUCCAGAAGGAGGCACUCCAAAAUAUGAGACUUCUCAGGCCUUGAUAAUCACCUUCCUUGUCAACAACCAUCACAACAAGACUAAACUUGGACCAGCAAAGACUUGGGAGACAACCUAUGUCGAGUUCAUGAAGAACUGGACAGCAACUGCCCCCAAGUGGGUCGAUGUUGCGUACACUUCAGAAAGGUCCAUUGAAGAUGAGCUCGAGAGAGGAUCAAAGUCAGACAUCAGCACCAUCAUUGUGUCCUAUGUCAUAAUGUUUAUGUACAUUGCCCUGGCUCUGGGUCAAAUGAAAACAUGUGACAGACUCCUGGUUGAUUCAAAAGUAACCCUUGGCCUUGGGGGAGUGAUUAUUGUGCUUGCCUCAGUUGCGUGCUCGGUGGGAAUAUUUGGCUACAUAGGUGUGCCUGCCACGUUGAUCAUCAUUGAAGUCAUUCCUUUCUUGGUGCUUGCUGUCGGAGUUGACAACAUUUUUAUCCUGGUUCAAAGCACUCAGCGGGAAAUGAUUCCGAAGGGAGAUGCAAACCGCAGAUCUGUGGAGCCAGUGGCUGAAAUUGUCAGCAGAUCACUCGGCCGAGUUGGACCGUCCAUGCUUCUUACCAGUGCUUCUGAAGCCACCUGCUUCUUUUUAGGUGCUCUGUCAGAUAUGCCGGCUGUGCGCGCCUUUGCAUUGUAUGCUGGUAUGGCCUUGCUCCUGGAUUUCCUGUUCCAAAUCACCUGUUUUGUCAGUCUCUUGACUCUUGACAUGGAGAGGCAGAGGGCAAAUCGACUGGACGUCUUCUGCUUCAAAACUGCCUCUAAGAAAGACGACGGUGUGGUCUCUGAUGGAAUUCUGUAUAAAAUGUUCAAGGAACUGUACGUGCCGUUUUUGAUGAAAAAGAAAGUUCGAGCAGUUGUGACUGUUGUCUUUUACGCUUGGCUUUGCUCCUCACUUGCUGUCCUGCCACACAUCGAAGUCGGUCUUGACCAGGAAUUGUCCAUGCCUGAAGACUCCUAUGUUCUCAAAUACUUUCAAGAACUAAAGCGGUCGCUCUCGAUCGGGCCUCCAGUUUACUUUGUGGCCACUUCUGGUCUGAACUACAGCAAACCUGGAGUUCAAAAUGCUCUCUGUGGAGGGCUCUACUGCAAUCCAGAUUCAUUGAUGACCCAGAUUUACUCAGCAUCAAAACGGCCAGAGAGUUCGUAUAUAGCACGUCCACCUUCGAAUUGGCUGGACGACUAUUUUGAUUGGUCGGCAGCGUCAGGUUGUUGUCAGGAGUAUGAGAACAAAACCUUCUGCCCCAGCCAAGACACUCCCUCGGACUGCUCGCCCUGUAACAUUCCACUGAUGGACCAAACUAACCGUCCAGAACCUCCUUCAUUCAGUUUCUACCUUCCUUUCUUCCUACAAGACAAUCCGAGUAUUGACUGCGCCAAAGGAGGUCAUGCCGCCUAUGGACAGGCAAUCAACUACGAGGUUGAUAAUAAUGGAGAGGCAAUUGUUGGUGCCAGCUACUUCAUGGCAUACCACUCUGUGCUCAAGACCUCGGAGGACUAUUAUUCUGCGUUGAGAGAAGCUCGCAAGAUCAGUGACAAUCUAACUGCCAUGGUCAGGGACAAAACUGGAAACAGUGAAAUUCAAAUUUUCCCCUACAGCAUUUUCUACGUCUUCUACGAGCAGUACUUGACAAUGUGGCCGGACACAUUGAGGUCUCUUGGAAUUUCAGUCGGUGCUAUUUUCAUCGUCACUUUCCUGCUGAUGGGUCUGGAUGUCUUCAGUUCCCUAGUAGUACUCAUCACCAUUGUAAUGAUUGUCACCAACCUUGGUGGUGUCAUGUACUGGUGGGGAAUUUCCCUGAAUGCAGUUUCUCUCGUCAAUCUUGUCAUGGCUUUGGGAAUCUCUGUGGAGUUCUGCAGCCACCUUGUACAUUCCUUCUCUGUUUCAAUGGAAGAAAACAGAGUGAGACGAGCAGCUGACUGCUUGACGAACAUGGGCUCGUCGGUCUUUUCAGGCAUUACGCUUACUAAAUUUGGCGGCAUUAUUGUGCUUGCCUUUGCCAAAAGCCAAAUUUUCCAGGUGUUCUACUUUAGAAUGUACCUGGGUAUUGUGCUUGUGGGAGCUGCCCACGGUCUCAUCCUGCUGCCUGUUUUGCUUUCCUAUAUGGGCCCUCCUAUUCCUAAAUCCCAACUCGGAAAUAUCUCGGUUGCUCCCAAACGAAGGGUGGUGAUAGCGCCGAAACGCGCUCCCAUAGAGGAUUUGCUCGACGAUUUCAUCCUGGACGAUGAAAUUCCGAGUCAAAGCAAUCCGGCUAACUUUUUCUCACACUCUCCCGCCACUAUAAAUAUCACCCAAAACAGUCCCGACCUGGUUUAUUCUGAAUUGCAACCAAUGGCUAAAGGUGGACUGAUCCCUCAACGCAGGCGCAGCCAUGAAGUGGAAGCAGGCAGUACUCAGGGCGGAGGCGACCAGAACGAGAAGCUGAUUUCGAGUUCGUCGUCGUCGUCCGUCAGUGAGGACGAUGUGUCGCCAAACCCGGAUAAUGUGGUUGUCCACUAAGAAUAAGACAGACUGAAGUGCCUGCAAGACUUUGAACCAGAGCAAGUGCGCGUGUGUGAAAGAACGCUGAAGAGACUGCCUCCGUUUUCCUUUUUUCUCGCUUUUUAAACCAUUCUGUAUGAAUCAGUAUUUAAAAAACGCUUUGUAGGAAAACCAACGAAAUAUAUAUUCAAAUGUUGCGCUAUCUAGUUAUUUACUAAAACAGCGUCCUGUGAUUUGUUGUUUUUAUCGCUACUUGAUCAAUAUGAAGAAUGCUGGCUGAUCUUUUAAUGUGCACUUGAUGCAGGGUCAAGACUUUUUGAAUUGAAACUGGAUUUUUUCCAAUAGGCUGGUUUCGAUGAUGCCUUGUCUGCUCGGGCUCUGUUAUUGUUGCAAAAGAAUUUAUUCUUGUGUCCGGAAAGAAAAGCAAAAACAGAACCCACUGGCAGAUGGAAUUUUUUUUAUCAAAGAGAUCAAAUUAUUGAAGAAAAAAAUAUAUCUAUACUUUCCUCCUUGCGCCGUUGCCCUUAUUGUACAACGUUCAAGGGACCAUUAGAGACUUGCUAGGUUAAGUUAAAAAAUUGCAAGUACGUAUUUUUCCUUUUCCAACUCAAUUGCUAUCAGAAUAUCAUAAUAGAGUAUUAUUUGCCAAAAAAUACCUCUUGCUAUUAGCGAAAAUUUACCAUAAAUAUAAAUAUUCCACGAUUAUAUUCUUACCUGUA